AUGGCCCAGCGCUCCGCGCGCCCCGCGCGCCGCGGCCGCGCGGCGGCCGCCGCGCUGCUGGCCCUGGGGGCCGCGUGGUGCUUCGCGCCUUCGGCCGGCGCCGGCGGCGCGAGGACGGCGUCCGGUGGAGGUCUGAGGGCCAAAGGGGAGCAGCUGGAGUACUUUGACGUCUACACGAAGGAGCAAAAGGUGAUGUGGGAGGAGGAGUUUCUUCAGCUGCUUGAUGGCAGCCGGGCCGACCAGCGCUCCAUCGGGGAGCAAGAGAAGAUCGAGAGAC